AUGCCAGUGGAAGCUACAUCCAAGGACUUGGCCACGGCCAUUGACGUUGAGCCUUCCUCAAUUAGCGAAAACCAUGGCGACCAUGAAAUUCACUUUGUCCGCCGUGGCCAGGAGCUCGGAGAUACCUCUGAAGUCUCGUCCAGCAUCGAUGGAUACGACCCAGAGCUGAUGAGCGGGAGGACGCUGCUUACAGCGGAAGAAGAAAAGAAGCUGCUGCGAAAGAUUGACUGGCGGCUGAUGACGCUCUGCUCAAUCAUCUUCAUGUUCAAGAAUCUGGACAGUGCCAAUACAUCCAACGCUCGAAUCAUGAAUAAGGGAACGAAUCAAAACAUUAUCACCCAGCUCGGAAUGACCUCCAACGAGUAUAGUCUCGUGACGGUAGCUUACUAUAUCCCAUAUAUUGUCUUCGAAGCACCCUCAAACCUACUGAUCAAGAGAUUCUUGCCCUCCAGAUGGCAGUCGAGAAUUAUGAUCACCUGGGGUAUCGUUCUCAUGUGCAAUGCAGCCGUGAAGAACAAGAGCGGUUUAUACGCAACGCGGUUCUUCCUUGGAUUGGCCGAGGCUGGACAAUUCCCUGGCGUUAUCCUCCAGAUGACUUACUGGUACCGUCCAGACGAGAUGUCUUUGCGACUGCUCUACUUUUAUGUUUGUGGAAAUAUUUCGAGUAUCUUCGGUGGUCUUCUUGCUUAUGGAUUUGACACUGUGUCUGGCGCUGGGGGGCUUUCCGGAUGGCAGUGGCUGUUCCUCACCGAAGGCAUUGCGACCGUCAUUUAUGGCGUUGCCAUUUGGUUCCUGCUUCCAGACUUCCCUCAGACAGCAAAAUGGCUGACCGAGAAGGAGAAGAAGUUCAUCCAAGCUCGACUGCCAAUGAAUUCCCCUCGAGCUCACGAGCAAAAUUUCAAAUUCCGCGAGAUCAUUGAUUCACUGAAAGAUGUGAGACUAUGGCUGUUCACCUUGAUAUGGGCUACCUUCACUGUUGGAACCAGCGGCGUCACGUUUUAUCAAUCAACCGUCAUUGCUGACCUCGGAUACACGACCAUUGCUCAAGCUCAGCUGCUCAACAUCCCUAUCGCAGUCUGCGGGCUCCUGUUCAUUGCCCUAACAGGCAUCGCAGCAGACCGAAGCCGGAUACCCCGGCCACUAUACCCACUAUCUUUCCUUUUCGUCAUCAUCGUAUGCUACGGAGUGUUUGUUGCAUAUCCGAGCGCCGGCGCCAUAUAUGCCGUAACACUGAUUGGAAAUGCAUUGACCGCAGCCUGGUACCCUGUCAUGUGGCCAUGGCGCGUCCAGACCACUGCCCGAGCGACAGGCUCCGCCUUCUCCAUCGGCUUCGUCAACAGCUACGGACAGAUUGGCGGUGCCAUUGGGCCCCAAAUCUUCAGAAGCAAAUACGCGCCACACUACACCGUGCCAUUUGCCGCAGCCAUGAGUUUGGUGGGCGCCUGUGUGAUUCUGACACUUGUGACUUGGUGGGUAACUCGCGAGACGGAGCGUGACACGCGACGGCUCAAGCUGGCCAAGAUUGCAGCAGAGAAGACGGGAAAGACUAUUCUAGAUGAUGUUGUGGACCAUGACUUGAAGAAUCGCUAA